AACCAUAUAAUAUUGAAAUAAAACAUUAAUAUUAUUUUAAUGAAAUAUAUAUGGUAGUAAUUUUAUGUUGAUGUCUUUUGCUUUAUUUCUUUUGCAUAAUGUAUCAGUGUUUCCAAAUACAUACCUCACACGUAUGGUAAGUAAUAUUCUGUAUACCAUACAAUAUAUUAAACAUUAUAUAUAUACCUGCAUACAUUACAAAUUAAUUUAUAUGCUUCUAAAUAUUGUGUGAAGACUGUACAUAAAAAACAUUACUUCCUUUGUAAUACAGAACUGUGUUGGGUAAAAUAGAAAUAUUUUUUACUUACAUAUAUAUUAAUUAUUUUCAUGACCUUACUGAAUAUUUAAUGUGUUUUUAGCGACAUCUUUUGAAUAUGUUGACAAUUCGAAGGUCAAUGGCAUUUGUGGGCUAACAGUUUGAUAAGAAAAGUUCGCUGAUAAUGGCUUGAUACUUAAUUAUAAAAGUCUAAUUUUUUUUUAUUACACUGGGUUCCUCAGUUUCAUACAUAUCUUUUCUUGAGUAUCGAAAAUGGAUAACAAUAAAUUGAUACUGAAACAAUUUCACAAUUGUAACAUUCUACGGGAUGGCAGGAUUAUAAAUGAAGAUUUAUGGGUUCGUGAUGGAAAAAUUAUAAAUCCAGAAAAGAUUUUUUACGAUGAAAAAAUUUUACCUGAUUGUAGAAUAGAUUGUCAAGGCGCACUAAUUUCACCAGGUUACAUAGAUUUACAAAUCAACGGUGGUUUUGGUAUAGAUUUUUCACAUAAUAUCGAGAACGUCGAAGAAGGUAUAAAAAAGAUAGCAAAAAAUUUAUUAGCAUAUGGUGUUACAUCAUUUUGUCCUACAUUAGUUACAUCUCCUAGUGAUACAUAUUACAAAGUACUGUCAAAGAUAAAAAAACAAAACGGUGGUAAUCACGGAGCAACUAUAUUAGGUGUUCAUUUAGAAGGUCCAUUUAUAAGUCUUGAUAAAAAAGGUGCUCAUCCUGCAAAAUACAUUAAAAAUUUUGAACAUGGAUUUAAAUCGUUGAUCGAUAUGUAUGGCAUUUUGGAUAAUGUUUGUCUUCUUACAUUAGCUCCAGAAAUUCCAAAUGCCAUGUCUGUAAUCAAUGAAUUAUGCAAAAGAAAUAUUAAAGUUUCAGUAGGACAUUCUAUUGCUAGUUUAAAUGAAGGAGAGGCAGCAGUAAAACAUGGAGCCACGUUUAUUACACAUCUUUUCAAUGCAAUGUUACCAUUCCACCAUCGUGAUCCAGGAUUAGUUGGCUUAUUGACAUCCGAUCAAAUACCACCUGGAAAGAUUGUUCAUUUUGGCAUUAUAGCUGAUGGUGUUCAUACUCAUCCUGCAGCAUUAAGAAUUGCACAUAGAACACAUCCUGAAGGACUCGUCCUUGUAACUGAUGCAAUAUCAGCAUUGGGUUUGAAAGAAGGUGUACAUCAAUUAGGCCAGCUUGAUAUAGAAGUACGUAAAGGGCGUGCCUAUAUUGCUGGUACCAAUACUCUUUGUGGCAGUGUGGCUGAAAUGUCUGAAUGUGUACGUAUUUUUAAGGAAGCAACAGGCUGCUCAGUAGUUGAAGCCUUAGAAGCUGCAACCUUGCAUCCAGCAAGAGCACUAAAAAUUGAAUCUAAAAAAGGUGUAUUAAAUUUUGGUGCUGAUGCUGAUUUUGUUUUACUAGAUGAUAAUCUAGAACUCCUAUCUACAUGGAUAUCAGGAGAUUGUGUUUAUACUAAGUGCAAAUGUACCUUGCAGUCUUCAUGAAAAAUUUUGUCAGUAUGAGAAUAUUAACAUUAUGAAACAGACAAUAUUUUGAUUUUUAAAUAAUAACUUAUUGUAUUACUUAAUGGCUAUGAAUUUCACGCCUAUUAUGUUAAAGUGAAUGUAUUUACACAGGUUACAUUUAUUUCAUUGCAUAUUAUAUAUUUUAUAUAUUACUUUUUUAUUUCCUGAUAUUAAUCUUAUGAAUUGUAUAAUAUCUAUUAAUCUUGAUUUGUUUAAUCUAUGCUGUUGCAUACAAAGUCUGCAUAAAUAUAAUAUUUUAUGAUUAUAUUGUUGUGCAGCUUGUAUUUUAAAAAAUCUUAAUAUGCAAUGUAAAUAUAAUAAAUAUUUACAUUUUAUACAAGAUAAAUUUUAAUAUACAAUAUAAAUAAUACAACUGAAAUAAUUAUUUACAAUUUAUAUUACUUUAUUUGUAAAACAGCAUGUAUAUAUUAACUACAGUACAGUUAUAUGUAUGAUGAUUAUUUGUUACUUUAAUUUGAUAUAAAUAUAGAAAUUAAUUUUAAAAAGAGAAUAUUGUCUGCAUAAUGCAUAUGUGAGAAUGUUAAUUGAAAUAAGAAUAAAUAUAUUUUUAUAAUUUGUCAAAAAACUUAAAUAGUAAUAUAAUAAAGAAAACAAAAAGUUAUAAAAGAUUAUUUCCUAGUAUAUCUUAUGAUGUAUAUAAUUUUAAACAUUGUUGAGUUAGGCUAAAAUAUUUUUUAUACGAAAAUUAUUCUGUAAUUCAUAAAAUAUGUAGGGAAUAUAUAUGUGUAUGUAAUAAAACUAUUUUUAUAGUUUAAAAAUGAGAUAAUACGUGUAUCGUUUGAAUUAUAAUCAAUAAACAACAUCUUUCAAGUUGCAAA